AUGAAUCAGACUCCCCCUUAUGAUUUUUCUCUGGCUGAGACCUCUUCUCUAGCCAAGAUUAACAGCCAGCAUAAUCCCUCCUGGAUUAACCUUCGAAGUAUCAAAGACAUCAUCCGCAUGUCGAAUGAGAGGACUGGCAACUACGACAGCCUGCCUCCCCUUUCCAGCAAUCAUGCCAUGUCAAAUAGAUCUUCUACUCAUGGCAAUAGUUAAUAGAUUAAUAGAAAUUCCUCAUCACAUUCUAAUCUAUUCCGCAUUUCUAAUUCAAUGAGUUUGCAGAAUAUUCAUGACUACUCUGACGAUAAUCAACUUUAGCCACACAGCCACAUAGACACGCCAUAAUCGGUGAUUAACAAUGAGGCCAAAGAAAUAGAAUGCAUUAUCUAGGAGUAGUAGCAAUUUUUACUUGAAGAAAAUAACUAAAAUACUAUUGAUGAAAGCUACUUAUAAAAAUACUAAGAAUCAGCAUCAUAUGAUUCAAUAUAAGACCAAUCAGCUAAGCAGUUCAAAAGGCAAAGAGUUGACUCACAGUCUAAGCAAUCUCACAGAGAAGAAAAGUCUGAGCAAGCACUCGCAUCUGCAUUUAACACUGCUGAAAUAUUAAAAGCAUCAAACCAUACUCAUAAAAAUAGUUGCUAGACAUUUAACCAUCAUAGAAAAUAAUCAUAGCUCAUUGAUCUAACCAAGAGAUCUUAUGACGAUUUCCAGUCUGACAAAUAACUCCCCGUGCUCCUGAAUUAAGACUCAGACUGCGUUUCUUAUCAAACAGAAAACAAAGAAAAUGAAAACCCUUAGAAAAAUUCGCAGAAUAAAUUCAAGAGCAAGAGAUAACGCGGACUUAAUGAACAACCCCCUAAAAUAUAAUAGAUAUUCUUGUAAUAACAGAUUGAAGAGGAAUAGCUGACUGAUGAACAGUAGGAAUCUAUUUGCUUAAGAAUCGUAGAUAAGGAAUUCAACCAGUUCUGUUAGAAAAUUGAGAAAAUGCAGAGUCAGAAUAAUCCACCCACAACUAAGAGCUUACAAGACUUCAAAAGAUUUAGACAGUAAAACACUAGGAGUGUGGAAAGAUAAGAUGAAUCAUAGUGUACUACACCAAAUAACAAGAAUAUUGCCAUUUCUCAAUCACUAGACCUAUCAAAAAGUCCAUCAUCAGAUAACAGUUCAAACGCUUCAAAUUAAAAGUCUCAAUAAGAUGUGAGAUAGCAGAGUCCCAUCAUAUAAGAAAAUGAUAAUAAGAUGUAGUAGUCUUUUAAAAGAUCAAAGCAACCAUUUAGAAUCAAUUUAGUCGAUCAAUAGGUAGAAUAAUAAAGUAGCUUAGAUACAUCAUUCUAAAGUAUCUAAGUACACAUCAAAUCAGAAGAAUAGGUUCAGUAACAAGAUCAUUAGUCCAGAAUGAGAGCAGAUUUAAUUUCACUCAAGAAGGAAAACUCAAGACUACAGAGGCAAAUUGAGUCAUAAAAGAAAGACAAAGAUAUUGAAAUUGAAAGUUUAAAGAAAGAACUUCUAAAUCAGCAAAGAUCAAGAGUAAAGGAAGUAGAAGAAGAAAACAUGAUCAUUAUAGAAGGCCUGAAGUAAGAAUACGAGGACAGAAUCUCAGAGAUGAAACAUCAAUUCUAAUAGUAGAUGAAAAUUUUACAAAGUCAAUAUGAGAUUCAAGUUGCUGAAAAGGACAGGAAAAUUGAAAAAAAGAGUAAUAAACUAUAUAAGGUUCGUGAUCAAUAUAACGAGAAAAGAAUGGAAUUCAACUAAGUAAGCAAUCAGCUUGAAGCCUAUAAAACAAAAAUUGAGGAAAUGACUUAAUAUUAGCUUCAAUCAAACGAUGAUCAGCAAUUGAGUAACCGUAGAAAUAACUAAGGUUCCGUGGGAAAUGUGUUUGCCUCGGCAUAUGAAAGCUCUAAUGGAAGCAAUAACUAAGAUGAAGAUAAUGAAGAUGAUCCCUAGCUCAUAAAUAGCUAGCCGUUAGGUUACUUCACCUCCCGUGAAUACCAAAAUACAAUGACAGAUGGAUUAAAGAGUGGUGAUAGAGAGCCAACACCUUAUCAGUCAUUUGAUAACUUUAUUGAUAUCAAAAGACGUAAUAACAUUGGCAUGAAUGGAUGCCUGACUUCUUCAAACUAAAAUCAAGUGAUGAACACUCAUGAAAACCAAAAUCUGAAUAUGAACUAUUAUUUUAGCUUGACUUAGUAAGAAGACUCCGCAAUGAAUUUUUCGUUCUCUGAGGUUAAGACAUCUUUUGACAAUAGAAGUGUGUUUAUUGAUAAGAAUAAUCUCAAUCACAAUACUAACGAUACUCAAGGCAACAAUCCCACAAGCAAGCAGUUCUUAGCCUUAGAGAAGAUAUCAUAAGCAGAUGAAGAGGAAAAUGAAGACCUAUUCAAGGAAAGUUUAGUGCUUGGAGCCAAUAAUGAACCAAAUAAUGUGCAGUAUGAGAGUGAAUCUGAUUAAUUAGAAGGUAGUUAGCCAAAUUUAUCUCAGACUAUUUCAGAAUUGUAAAACCAUUCAAGACAAACAAGCUUAAUGAAUUCAAGAAUACUUCAGGAUCCUACAGAUGAUUAAUUGCUUGAAAAUUACGUAGAAGAUCUGGAAGAUGAUAAAAAGUCUACAAGGACUAAUGUGCUCAAAACAAAUGUCAUUUAUAACAUUGAUGACGGCAGUGAAAAUGCCCCUGAGGACUCAGGUUUCCUAAGUGAUGAAGAUUGCUAGCAAGAAAGGAUAGUAAAUGAGAGUAGCUUAUAUAAUGAUGAUGAAUUCACACAAUCCUAAGCAUUAUUUACUGGUGGAGAUGCAAAUCUAAUAGGUUUCUAAAACGAAUAAAUUAAUGAUGAAAUGAUGAUUAUGACUGGUAGAAGUGAAACAGCCAUGGAUGAUGAGCAAGACUAUGAAAUUGAAGGUAUCUCAAAGUGCAAAGCAAUUCAUUCAUCCUACAUAAAUUUAAAGAGAAAUAACCUGCUCAUAUCAUAUGGGAAGAAAUGA